GGGAGGUGUUCGCGGGAGGGAGGGGCAGAAGCCGGCCCCGGAGGCCGCGCGAGCAUCCCUCGGGCCGGGCCUGCGUCGGAAGCGCGCCCGGAGGCGUGCGCGGGGGAGCCCCCGGGAGCGCGGGUGCGUCCCCCUCCCCGGAGACCGCGGCUGCGUCCCCGCCGGCGCCGGACGCGGAUGCAAGUCCUCCUCGGGGCGCGCAGGGCUCCCGCCUGGCGGUGAGCGCGCGGAGGCUCGGGGACGUGGACCUGCGUGCCCAAGGUCACGCAGCGGCCGGCUGCAGCCCGCCCAGCUCCGCGCCGCCGGCCUCUCUCUCUGCCUCUGUGGCCCCUGCCAGCGGCGAGGCCCCUGGGUUCCUGCAGCUGACACGGGCUGACAGGCUCAGACCAUGAAUUACGUGGGGCAGCUGGCCGGCCAGGUGCUCGUCACGGUGAAGGAGCUGUACAAGGGGCUGAACCCGGCCACACUGUCCGGGUGCAUCGACAUCAUCGUCAUCCGCCAGCCCAAUGGCAGCCUCCAGUGCUCCCCCUUCCACGUCCGCUUUGGGAAGAUGGGCGUCCUGCGCUCUCGAGAGAAAGUGGUUGACAUAGAAAUCAACGGGGAGUCUGUGGAUCUGCACAUGAAAUUGGGAGAUAACGGAGAAGCAUUUUUUGUUCAAGAGACUGAUAAUGAUCAGGAGGUGAUCCCCACGUACUUGGCCACCUCGCCCAUCCUGUCGGAAGGAGCUGCGAGAAUGGAAUGCCAGCUGAAAAGGAACUCCGUGGAGAGGAUGAGGAGCCCGGACUCCAGUGUGCCGGCCCCGGCUUUGGCGCCCAGUGACGCCCCCUCGAGCGGCUCGUUAGGGAAGAAGAGGAGGAAACGGAGGAGGAAGUCGCAGCUGGACAGUCUGAAGAGGGAGGACACCGCCAACACGUCGGAGGACGAGGACAUGUUUCCCAUAGAGAUGAGCUCUGACGAGGACGUGGAGCUGCUGGACAGCAGUCGAACACUUUCUAAUGAUUUACCUCCAUUCCAAGAUGAUAUUGCUACGGCAAACCGCACGUCAGUCUCACCUUACCCUCAGUCGGCAUCAUACCCUAGUUCAGACCGAGAGUGGUCGCCCAAUCCCAGGUCUGUGGAUAAACCUUUAGAGGGAAAAGCAGCAGUUCAGGAAGAAGAUAAAAUGGAGUAUUUAGAAACCACUAACAGUAGCCCCAUAGAUUGCAGGAGGACGCCCCCUCAUCUGGCGGUGGCAGCCGAGGGAGGCCUGUCUAGCUCCUGUCCCGCACAGCCUUCCCACCUCCAUGCUCCUGAAAGCCCUUCAGGUUCCCGACCUUCAACCCCUAAAAGUGACUCGGAAUUGGUCAGCAAGUCCGCGGACAGGACACAGCAGAAGGGCAACCUGGAGAUGCUCUGGCUGUGGGGAGAGCUGCCGCAAGCCGCCAAGUCGUCUUCUCCACACAAGAUGAAAGAACCCAGCCCUUUGAACAGCAGGAAGCUUUGCGACAAAAUCCACUUCCAGGCCAUUCACAGCGAGUCUUCAGACACGUUCAGCGACCAGUCGCCCACCACGCUGGGCCGGGGCCCCCUCUCAGAGAGGCCGGAAACGCACUUUGUGAACGAAGACGACCUGGAGGCCCUGGGGGCGGCAGCCCCGCCCCUGCCCGCCAUCGAGGAGCUCAAGCCGCCCUCUGCCAGUGCCGCGCCCAGGGCAGACAAGACGGAGUCCCCUUCCAGGAGGAAAGAUAAACGCAGUAGGCACCUCGGUGCUGACGGCGUCUACCUGGACGACCUCACAGACAUGGAUCCGGAAGUGGCGGCCCUGUAUUUCCCCAAAAAUGGAGAUCCCUCGGGGCUGGGAAAACACGCCAGCGACAACGGCACCCGGUCUGCCAACCAGUCCCCGCAGUCCGUGGGCAGCUCGGGCAUCGACAGCGGCGUGGAGAGCACCUCGGACAGCCUGAGGGACCUGCCGUCCAUCGCCAUCUCCCUCUGCGGGGGCCUCAGCGACCACAGGGAGAUCACCAAAGAUGCGUUUUUGGAACAAGCCGUGUCGUAUCAGCAGUUUGUGGACAACCCUGCCAUCAUCGACGACCCCAAUCUCGUGGUCAAGAUCGGGAAUAAGUACUAUAAUUGGACCACGGCGGCGCCUCUGCUCCUGGCAAUGCAGGCCUUCCAGAAGCCUUUGCCAAAGGCCACCGUGGACGCUAUCAUGCGGGAUAAGAUGCCCAAAAAGGGAGGAAGAUGGUGGUUUUCUUGGAGAGGGAGGAACACCACGAUCAAGGAGGAGAGUAAGCCCGAGCAGUGCUUGGCGGGGAAGGGCCACAGUACUGGAGAGCAGCCGUCGCAGCUCGGCAUGGCGCCCAGAAUAAAGCACGAGUCAUCCUCCAGUGAUGAGGAGCACACAGCUGCCAAGCCGUCGAACGCAGUCCACCUCCCACUCCUGCCCAGCGUCAGCUACAAGAAGACACUGCGGCUCACGUCAGAGCAGCUGAAAAGCCUGAAGCUGAAGAACGGCCCCAACGACGUGGUGUUCAGCGUCACCACGCAGUACCAAGGCACCUGCCGCUGCGAGGGCACCAUCUACCUGUGGAACUGGGACGACAAGGUCAUCAUCUCUGACAUCGACGGGACCAUCACAAGAUCAGAUACUCUUGGCCACAUUCUGCCCACACUUGGGAAGGAUUGGACCCACCAGGGCAUCGCCAAGCUCUACCAUAAAGUGAGCCAGAAUGGCUAUAAGUUCCUCUACUGCUCCGCACGCGCCAUCGGGAUGGCAGACAUGACGAGGGGCUACCUGCACUGGGUCAACGAGAGGGGCACGGUGCUGCCGCAGGGGCCGCUGCUGCUCAGCCCCAGCAGCCUCUUCUCCGCCCUCCACAGAGAAGUGAUUGAAAAGAAGCCAGAAAAGUUUAAAGUCCAGUGUUUAACAGACAUUAAGAACCUGUUUUUCCCAAAUACGGAACCCUUUUAUGCUGCUUUUGGAAACCGGCCAGCGGAUGUGUACUCAUACAAGCAAGUAGGAGUGUCUCUGAACAGAAUAUUCACCGUCAACCCUAAAGGAGAGCUGGUGCAGGAGCACGCAAAGACCAACAUCUCGUCGUACGUGCGGCUCUGCGAGGUGGUGGACCACGUCUUCCCUCUGCUGAAAAGAAGCCAUUCUUCAGACUUCCCCUGUUCCGACACCUUCAGCAACUUCACCUACUGGAGAGAGCCGCCGCCGCCUUUUGAGAACCAGGACGUCCACUCGGCUUCGGCGUAGCAACAACCCCGCGGCUCCGGCCACCUCGCCUCCGCCUGGGCGGCGCCAUUAAAGGAUAGGUUGAGGGGACCCCGCGCUGGGCUCCGAGCCUGAUUGAGGGGAGCCACAGGCUCUUCUGCCCGGCGGCUCAGGCCGAAUGCCGCUGCAACCUCCGUGGAGGCCCCGGGCUGCCCCGGAAGUACUUGUUCCGGGCUGCCCCGGAAGUCCGCGUGCGGCCGCUGUGCAUUGUGGGCGUCCGCCGCUCGCUACCUCCUUGCUGAUGGCUGCACACGGGACAGUUGAGCAGUGCCGGACGGGCCGGUGUUCGGUAGGGCAGGGGGCCUGUUUCCGUGAGGGUGUGCCUGGCCUGGGCCGCGGUGUUCCCUUGCCGCGUUUGCUGACCGGGGGAGGAGCCCCGCCACGCCUCUGGCUGUGAAGAUGGCCGUCGAGGUCGCUGGCCUGUGGCCCCCCCAUUUCUUUUUUGGUGGCUCAAGCCGGGAUAUUUAUGCCUUAAUGCACCUGUGGCGGCCGUUAUAUUUAGAAUGCGCUGUGUCUAGCUCUCGGUAACCUUGUAAUGCCUUAAACUGAAAGGAGGGUGAGCCCCUUGAGCAGCGCGCCGGGCCCCUCGGACUCGCAGCAUGGCGCUGAUCACGUGGCCUGGCUCUGGUCACGUGGCCGAAUGGGCGCGACGUCGGGUCUCAGCGGGAGUGCCCGGAAGACCCGGGCUGGUUGUAAGAGAAUAGUUUGUUUCAAGAAGCUGGGUUCUAUGCUUUGUAGAUGCUAUUUGUUGCUUUGGUUGGGUUACCGAACAAGCGUUUUAGGUCAUAUUCUUUCAAUUACAGCUGUUGUUAGUGUAUUAAAAAGCUAUCUGUUUGACUAUCCCAGGAGGCUUAGUCUGUGUAUCUGAGACACUGGAAUUUAUGAGUAAUUGAUUUUUUUAGCAGCCUCUUCCACUCAAAUUAAAGACAGAUGAGUAAGUAAUAAUUUGAGUGACAUACUUUAAAAGCCGAUGGAAGGUGAUUCUCUCGUCAAGUUCUGUUUGUAGCACGAACAAUGUGAAAAGCAAGAGAAUUAUUUUGGUAAGAGAUUUUGCUUUACUUUUUGAAGUAUUAUUUUUCUAAAGAGUGUUUUCCUCGACCGACUGAAAUACUUUCCUAUUUAAAUUUCCCUGUUCGAGUCACAGGAGGCAAAGCAGAACAGCUGGAGGAAACAUUACUCUUUCUGUGAAAGAAAGCGCAGAGUUGUUGCCUCGUUGUAGUUGGUGGGCUCUGUCGGCAGCGCGCGCCUCUGCUGCGCGGGCAGCACGGCGCGCAGAGAGGCAGACGUGGGCCUGGGUUUACGUGGGCACGUACAUGCAGAUUCUCUUUGGGAGAUGCUAAGAAUAAUGAGACAUAGUCCUGCCGUAGCUCAUUUCUUUGGGCCUUCUCCCAGGGGCCUGUAGAGAGUACAUUAAUUGUUUCUGCCACAAGGUUAUUUUUGAAUACUUUUUAACUGCUCUGAGCUAAAUAUAAAACUAAUGGGCCUACGAAGGCUCAUAGGGCUUCUGCCCUGCAUGCGGGAGGAGCUCUGACCCUGAAGAUUGGUGCCUGUCCUCUCCAUUGAUCCUCUGUGGACCCAUAAGUGUGAUGAACCUUCAGCUUCCCACACCACAGCACGCCUACACAGGGCAUGCCUUCCAGAAAGUCACAGUCUCAGAUCUGUGUCAAGUUCAGUGUGAGCCCUGGCCACUGAGCAGUGUUAAGGCCGGCCUUGCAGCUUCAACAAGGUUUGUUUGGGGGCCACACCGACGCAUCUCCAAGCUGGUUUAUCCAUGUAUACAUGACUGCCACCCAGCGACCUUCCCCCCCCCCCCAAAGGCCGCAUGCUAGAAUGCUGUGUUCGGACCACACAUGUCAGAGGUGCCCAGUGGAAGUAGGUCACUUCAUAGUGACCGGUUGUCAAAUGCUUAUCAUGUGGGAUGGGAAAAUGUGUAUACCUGGUGUAUUGAAAAGAAUAUACCUGGUACAUUGGAAACAAAUGAUUACAUUUUCAAAGUAAAUUUCCCUUUCAAUUUGUAGGUUCAGUUCACCACUUAGAACAUAUUUUAUUUACAGUAUCUGGUCUGUAUUUGUAUAUGCUGGUGCAAUGAUAAAAAUCACUGUAAACUUCAUUGUAUUGUGCUGGAUUCAAAGCUAGGAAAUAUAAUAAAUGAGACUGAUGAAAGACUUCGCUGAAA